UUCGAGCGCAGGCAGAAUGACGGAUCGAAGAGGCAGAGCGCGCACACUCACAAAGGACCCGCACGUCUGACACCGCACAGGGUGGGGGAGUGCGCACCGCUGCCCGAGUUCAGCGGCGCGCCGAAAUUCUGCUGUACCGCGCCGUUUGACCAGUCUUUGCUGGGUUACAUGGAGAACUGAGGAAAAAAAGUAUCUGAAGAUUCAUGGCACUGGUUGUGAAUGAACUUUUGGCAACCAACGGCUAUUGAGAUGACACUGAACACACAGAGGGACAGCAAGGAGACGUUGCGGAGAAGGGCGAGCACUCCUAUCCCCUCGUCCCAUCAGGCAGGCCCGAGAAACAGAGAUGCGCCAGCCGAUCCCCAUCACCCGCCGCUCGGCCACUCUGCGUCUUACCAUCCCGGGGACAAAACAAUUCUCUCUCGCGUCAACUGGUCCUCAGAUUCGGAGGACUCCGACAGCUCUGGGGCAGAAUGUCUCUACCGAGUCGUCCUGUUAGGAGACCACGGAGUAGGAAAGUCCAGCCUUGCGAAUAUCUUUGCUGGGAUACAGGAUAAGGAUGCCCAUGAACAUUUAGGAGAGGACACCCAUGAAAGAACUUUGACUGUGGACGGAGAGGAGACAACCCUCAUUGUGAUGGACACAUGGGAAACAGAAAAACAGGAGGAAGAUGAGAAGUGGGUGCAGGACUACUGCAUGCAGGUGGGCAAUGCUUACGUCAUCGUGUACUCCAUCACCGACCGCUCCAGCUUCGAGAGCGCCUCCGAGCUGCGCAUCCAGCUGCGCCGAAUCCGCCAGGCCGAGAACAUUCCCAUCAUCCUCGUGGGCAACAAGAGCGACCUGGUCCGGUGCCGGGAGGUGGCCGUCGAGGAGGGUCGGGCCUGCGCGGUGGUGUUCGACUGCAAGUUCAUCGAGACGUCGGCCUCACUGCACCACAACGUGAACGAGCUCUUUGAGGGUAUCGUGCGGCAGAUCCGCCUCCGCCGCGACAGCAAGGAGACCAACGAGCGCCGCCGCUCCAUCUACAAGCGCAAGGAGAGCAUCACCAAAAAGGCCCGCAGGUUCCUGGACAGGCUCGUGGCCAAGAACAACCAAAAGAUGGCCAUGAAAGUGCGCUCCAAGUCCUGCCACGACCUCUCUGUGCUUUAAUGACAUUGGGGUAUGAGAGCGCAGUGGACCCUGCCUUCCAAUCCUGGUCACUGCUGUCAGGUCUCUAGGCCUUCCACCCUGUCUUUUUUGUAAAAGAACAACACAAGUUGUAUUCUGAAAGCAACGCGAACACUUGCAGGUGGAAACCACCUGUGUUCUCACAAGUUUCUUUGUCCUGUGUGAUCUACAUGUAGAGAGGAAAUAUUUAUUUUACCAUUUCAAAACUAAAAUUUGAGCUGAGUAAGCAAGUCAAAAUCUAUUGGUUUGAAGAUGCGUCAGAUAUUUUGUGAUGUUGCCCCAGACUCAUGCUUUAUAAGAGGAGGGACCAAGUUGUAUGAUAUCACAGUUUGGGCAGACUUUUAUUGCUGAAUGGACAUCUUAUCAACGUUUUGCCUUAUCUAUAGCAAGUAGAGAUGAGACAUCUCAACUCCCAUGCUGUUUCUGACUCUGAGAUGUUUCUUUUGAAGAUCUGAGACCCGUUAAGUCACAGAUCUUCAGCUUCCCUUGUGUAAAUGUCUUUUUGAACAUUUGUGACACUGGAGAGUGGUUGAUGUUUUUUUUUUUAAAUUGUAUCUAGCUGUAGUAAUGCUGACUGAUGAGAUAUGGAGUCUCAGUACUUUACCAGUUACUGCCUACACCUGCAGGCUUUUCAUCAGAAGGUCUUUUAUCUCACCAUUUACAGGUGAAUGUUGUCACUGAGAGCAAAGAGCAACUGUUUGAGCAUAACAACAUGAGAACUUCUGUCGCCUGUUACCUUGAGAGCCUUUACCAGACUUCUUUUCUUGCAAAGUAUAUUUUUAAAUUAACGCUUCCCGAAACUGAAAAAAAUCCUUAUUCAUAUUGAUAGGUUAUUGUUUCUGUCUUUUUAGCUCACAGAACUUGUUUCACAUAUUUAUCACUAGCAAUGGAGAAAGCUUAUACUGGAGAGCGAAUUCAGUUGUGAUGAAUGACAGUUGAAGUGCAAGGCUCUACACCGCAGAUGCUUUAUAUUAAAGAGGAGAAUUCAGUGGACCUAAUGAAUCUGUAUACCUCCACUGAAUGCUCUUGAAGACUGGGAACUAGUUUCUCUGUCUCAUAAAAUGCAAACAUUGAGUGGCUCUGAGACCUCUAGUUAUUUGUCUUGAAUUGACACAUUGGGUCAGUUUUAUCCCUAUGAUUAUCAAACUGUUGCCUUAGUUCACGGGCAGUCCAGCAACUCCAGCAAAAAAAUGUUUUGUGUGUUUUGUCUUUUCCUGGUCAGCUUUUUCAGUGUCCCAUGUAAAUGAUUUAGUAUGGUCACAAACAAAAAAUAUUUUAACACACCUCUUGUGACCAUACAAGGGAAAGAAAGAAAAGAAAGUUUUGGGUAUUAACAUUUUGU